GGCUAUGAAGUAUGAAAUAAAAAUAUAGUAGAUCUAUGAAGUAUAAAGUUAUACUGAUUGCUGCUGAUUAGUGAUUACUGGAAGUUAUGAAUUCGACUGCACUUGGACUGGACUGAGUGGGUCAAAGGAUUUUGAAAUUAAUACUAAUAGAUAAAAACCUAGAACCGACUUGACGAGAUAAUUGAUAAACUUUGAUUUUUGGUUUGUAUAAAGGUACUCUGUUUGGCCUAUUGGCCGUUUAUUUUAAUAAAAUAUAGGUAGAAGUUGAUAGGUGUAAUAUUUUGCAAGUAAGUUCAGAUGUAUUAUUUAUAUUUUAUGUUUUAUAAGCUUAAAAUGUUAACAGAUUUUAUUAAAUUUUUGCAUUUAUUUUUUCAUUUUAGUCUGAUGCGACUAAGGUAUUGUAGAGGUUCACUCAAACUGUAUAAAAGUCACUGUUUAUUUCAAAGAGUUAAACACUGUUUUACUAGUUAUUUGCGUAUCCUUUUUCCUAUAUGUAUUAAAAAUUUCAUUCUUGUAAACAUAGACUAAAACAAUCAUAAGUGCUACAUCACCUACAUGUAACAUAAAUUUGUGUUAGCUCACAUAAGAUUUAUAAAAUAUUGAUGCUGUUUGUAUCUUAUUAAUUGAUUACUAUUGUUUUGUUUGAUUGAUGUAUUAUUGUUUUGGUUCUAUUACAUACAUGCAGAUAACUAUUAACUACAAUUAGCAUAUUCUUCAUAACUUGCAAUUAAUCCUUCAUUAAAAUUAUUAGUUGUUAAAAUCAGUAAAAGGUUUUAUUUAUUUUAGAAUGCUACAAAAAUUAUCUCUCUCUGGCUUAAAAGUUGUGAAAAAAUUGUGCAUUGUGCCUAAAGUAGAAUGUGGUAUAAGAUUUUUGAGUUCUGCUGUUAUAAAACGACAAAACUUCUUCUUUCGCCAGUUGUUUGAUACAGUAAGCAGUACUUAUACAUAUAUAUUAGGUGAUAUGAGGACAAGUGAGGCUGUGCUCAUUGACCCAGUAUUAGAGCAUGCUGAAAGAGAUGCUACGUUAGUGAAGGAGCUAGGCUUUAAAUUGAUUUAUGCCAUGAACACACACAUGCAUGCAGAUCAUAUAACAGGGACAGGCAAAUUAAAAACACUCCUCCCUGGUACAAAGAGUGUUAUAGGAAAAGCAUCAGGUGCUCAAGCUGAUAUCCAUCUUCAUGAUGGAGAUCUUGUUAAAUUUGGGGACUAUCAACUGACAGCAGUUUCCACACCUGGGCAUACAAAUGGAUGUUUGACUUAUAUUUGUCAUCAACAAGAACAAGGUAUGGUACGAUAAGGCUGAAAUAUCCUUGUAGGAUAAAAACCUUUUUAAAUAAAGAUAGAUAAUAAAAAAUAUAUACCUUGUGAUCGCCCAGAGAAGAAAGUUUAUAAUGACAAAAUGGAGGCGAUAGUGGAAGCAGAUCCAUCUCAAACAAAAUACGGCUGAUUUAGCGUCGGCUUUUGAUUGCAUGGCGUUCACCGGUGAUACACUCCUCAUACGUGGCUGUGGCAGAACAGACUUCCAAGAGGGCUCUUCCGAACGGCUCUACCAAUCUGUCCACAGCAAAAUCUUUACUCUACCAGAUCACUAUACUCUGUACCCUGCACACGAUUACAAGGGUCAGACGGCGACCACCGUGGGCGAGGAGAAGAAAUACAAUCCAAGACUGACGAAAACUUUGAAGGAGUUCGUUCAUAUAAUGGACACAUUAAAUUUGCCUUAUCCUAAGAUGAUUGUAUUUUGUAAAGAAGACUUGGAUAAUUUAUAAUGGAGCAAUACACAAUUGAACAACGUGCCCAAAUUGUUGAAAUUUACUUUUCAAAUCAACGGUCCAUUGUGUUGACUCAGCGUGCAUACCGUCGUCAAUUUAAUGUGCGGGUUGCACCCUCUCAGUCAACAAUAAACCGUCUGGUUGCAAAUUUUCGAGAACAAGGAGCAGUAAGGAACCUUCCUGGUCCCGGCAGACACCGAACUGUCCACACGGCUGACAAUAUUCAAGUGGUACAGGAGAGUAUUCGGGAGGAUCCAGAAACAUCAACCAGGAGACGUUCGUCACAACUGGGCCUCUCAAGAACGUCGCUGCAGCGAAUUUUGCACACCAUAGGAUUGUUUCCAUACAAAAUUCAACUUGUCCAAGAAUUGAAACCAACAGAUUACCAGCAACGACUUGACUAUGCAAUUUAUUUCCAGCAAAAAGCACAAGAGAAUCCAAAUUUUAUUCAUAACUUAAUAAUGAGUGACGAAGCCCAUUUUCAAUUAAAUGGGUUCGUUAACAAGCAAAACUGUAGGAUAUGGGCUACGGAAAACCCGAGAGUACUUCAUCAACGACAAUUGCACCCAGUUAAGUGUACCGUUUGGUGCGGUGUUUCUUCAGAAAGGAUCAUUGGCCCAUUUUUUUUUGAAAAUGAACAAGGUGUCGCAAUUUCCGUCAAUGGUGAUCGAUAUCGGGCCAUGUUGCAAAAUUUUGUAAGGCCAGCCGUGGAAAACCAUCCGCAAAUAUGGUUCCAACAGGAUGGAGCCACAGCGCACACUGCGAGGGCCACAAUGACUCUUUUACGCGACAUCUUUGGUGAAAGAAUAAUUUCUCGUAACAGCAAUUUUAAUUGGCCUCCGCGUUCCCCGGAUUUAACCGCUCCAGACUGUUUUCUUUGGGGCUAUUUAAAAGGAAAAGUUUAUGUUAAUAAGCCUAGGACUAUUGAGGAGUUAAAAACCAAUAUUCGAGAAGAAAUUAACAACAUACCACCGGAAGUUUUGCGAAAGGUCAUGGAAAAUGUGUUGGAAAGAGCACAUUUGUGCGAAGCAGAAUAUGGCCACCACUUGCGGGAUAUUAUUUUUAAUAACUAAUCCAAAAAUAUUCCCCAUAAAUUUAAUGUAUUUAAAAAAAAAAUUAAAAAAAUAUCUCUUAAAUAAAAAGUUAUAAGCAAUUCACACCACUUCGGUCUUUCUGGGCCACCCUGUACUAUAUUGUUUUUGGGAUUAAUCCUUUGUCAAUGAAAUACAAGAGUAACUAUUAAAAUACUUGUAAUAAAGAUUAAAGACAAAUUACAUGUUUAUU